CACGAGACGGGUCCCAGUCGCCACACAGGUGGUUCGGCCGUGUUUCACCAAGCUUUGACAGUAGAACAAGGCUAACAGAAUAAGUACUGCAUUAUCUGCCUAUUUAUGUUUUAGCGUCUGAUGUGCAGGUUGGAGUGUGACACGUGCACGCCAACAGUGAUGGAGAACUACGUAAAGGGGGAGACAAGGGAAGUGGAUGAGGCUUCUCCGUUCUCCGCCCUCGAUGACAACGUGGUGGAGAUGAGAGUCAGUGCAGGCAGCAAGAUCAGAAAUAUCAUGGGAUACGCGAUCAAAAGAAUGAAGGAGCCUGACAUUAAGCAGAUUACAUGGAACGGGUCAGGCCAUGCUGUCAACAAGACCAUCUCCUGUGCUGAGAUCAUGAAGAGGAAGGUCAAGGGUUUGCAUCAGAUGACCAAGAUAAGAUUCAGAAGGAUAGAAGAAUAUUGGGAACCAAAGAUGGAAGGCUUGGAAAGGUUGAAGGUGAAUCGAGACAUUCCGGCAGUGUCCAUCCUUCUCUCCAAGGAGCCACUUGAUACCAGCCAGCCAGGCUACCAGGCUCCCGGGUCCCAUGACGCAGCCUGGUUGGAUCGACCUCAGGAGAAGAAAGGAACAAAACAGAAGUCUGGAGGACCCCCAGCUGGCAACUCAGGUCAGAAGAGGAAGAGAAAACUCAAAAAAGACAAACCAGACAACCAUAACGCUAAGAACACUGAAAGAAAACUGGACACAAGUGCUUCAAGUGCAGCGAGCUAGCACCUGCUGUUUUUAUAGAUCUGUCAUGACGGAACAGAUGGACUGAUGCUAACACUUGUGUCCCAUAGGCGGAUCCAGAGGGGGGGUGCAGGGGUGCGCACCCCACCUUUUGUGCUGAAAGUUUGUUAAAUGACCAUUGAAACUGAGGUGAAAAUGAAAUGUGCACCUCUCCUUUCUCUCAAUAGUGUGCACCCCCCACCUCCCCCACCCCCUUUCUCAAAAAGCUGUAUCCACCCUUGUGUCCCUAUGAACUAUUAGUUGCUUUAUGACUCUGCUCCCAACAAUCACCACAAGGCUUCCCAGGUAGCGUUCGGACGCUGGCAAUGUUGGCAAAACCAUUGCCAACGUUGGGCCAACGUCUGAAUGCUAUCUUGGUCUUGAUGUGAUAUUGAUACUAAUAAUUGUUCUGAACAGGUGGCACAGGUACUACAGAUAUGUACCCCAGAUACAUUUCUCAACACAGACCAGAGUACAGACAUUCUACAGAUAUGUACCCCAGGUACUUUCCUAUAUACAGAAACGUACCCUAGCCAAGAUCAAAACACUAAAGGUACCCUAGGACAUGUCCAUUCGGCUUUGUGCUGUUUUCUUGAUUGGAACUGUCAUACUGUUGUAUUUGUGCAUUUGAUUCUGUUAUAUAAAACGAGCUUGCACAGUAACAAAUAUUUCAUGAUGCACUCAACCACUCGCAACCAGUUGAACGGGAAUAAGUGCAUACAGUUUCGGUUUUGGGUUGCGGAAUAUGGAUGAGUCCACUGUUUAGGGUACUGGGUACAUUUCUGUAUUUUGAUUUUGUUUAGGGUACAUUUCUGUGUACAGAAACAUAUCCGGGGUACACAUCUGUAGUAUCUGUGCCGACAACGGCCCCUUCAACAAUACUUGUACCCUCUUGAACCAUUGGGUGCAGAAUGACACUUUGCCCCCUGUAUGUAAUUGUGGAACAAGUGUGAGGUUCUUCAUGACAUGUGGAUCCUAGUAUGUAAUACGUAAGUUAAACAACAAGGGUGCAUAACAAAAUCAUCUUCAAACACUCUUGACUGAUGAACAAUGGAUUAGAUUCUGAGGUGCUCAAUGGCACAUUGCCCCCAAGGUAUCUUCAGGUGAACACACUGUACUGGGCGCAGGACAAACUCAUUCCAGUUUCCUGCCCUGAAUUUGGAGUUACCAGGUUAUUGAUGUAUAAAAUGUGUUGAUGAAAAGAGUGCAGGUUAACAAUCAACUCAGGUUGGUAAGUUAUGUAGUACAAACAUUAAGGUAUGAAAUGUGUUGGUUGGGCACCGGUUUACAAUGAAUUCAGGUGUGCUCACGGAUGUGCUGAUUUGGUAUUAGGAUAUGAAAUGUAUUGGUAAUCAUUUGUAUUACUCUGUAAUAAAUGCAGUGCUUAAAACUUA